AUGGCCUAUAAAACUGUUGGAUGUAAAAUCCCAGAAGAGAGCAGAAGCAAUUUGAAGAAGCUAAGGUUGGGUAUGGAAGAGAUAAGAAGUGCUGCAAAAGCUGUUUAUGCGAACUUGAGCGAUGAGGCCAAAAGAGAAACGGUGGAUUUGUUCAGGUCAGUGGACAAAAAUGGAGACGGCAAGAUAAGCCUUCAGGAGUUCCUCACAUCCUCCCACAACACCACAGUACUGCUCGGCGGCAAUAAUCUAACGGCGAAUCGCAGGAUCUUCGACCUCGUCGAUCAAAACGGCGACGGCACGCUGCAGUUUGACGAGUUCUUAACUCUGGUUUACAUGCGGGCGAGCCCCAGGCCAUGGUGUAAUGGCUGCGGCAAUUUCAUCGCAGGUUUGUUUUUCAGCUGUACGCAGUGUCGUCUGGGGAACAAAGGUGUCUGGGAGAUGACUUUUGAUCUGUGCAUCCCAUGUUAUCAUGGAAGACGAUUUGUGCAUGAGCAUGCUGAUUUUGAAGACAACUAUUCGCUUCUAGCCAGGAUGCAACACUCGCCGUCAUCCCCAUCCCCAUCCCCGACAAUUAGCUCUCCUCAAUCAAGUGAUGCAUCAAAUCGAAUGAAGGAGAAAGUGAAGAAGUCAUUUCGGAGAUUCGCGGAUGUAGUGUCCUUGGCAGCAGAUGUUGACCAAUUGUCAUCCCACAUCGCAUGAUCUGCUGUUUCGGAUUCGACUAUGGCUCGUUAAUUUUAGGGGAAAACUAUUUUAUAAAUAUUUAUAUUUUCUUUAAUUUUCACU